AUGACUGAAAAGCGCAGUACAAAGCCUCUGGUCGCGUUCUUGGGAGGUCUAAAUGAGAAUUUGCCAGAAUUCAAACAGUUUACGAAAACAUUUGAUGUUGUAUUCUAUGAGCUAGUUUCUAGAGAACAGUUUGUUUCUGAUCUGAAAACCAAAUUACACAAUGUCGAAGCAAUUUACGGUGCAUGGGCUCCAUUUGGGAAAAUUGGAAAUCUGGAUAAAGAGCUAGUGGCCAAGCUGCCCUCGUCGCUGAAAUUGAUCACCGUCUGUUCUGCCGGAUUUGGUGGAUUAGAUCUAGAGGCUUUACGUGAGAGAGGAAUCAAGUUUUGCAAUUCACCAACUUUUGGUGCUUCUGCAGUGGCAGAGACUGUCCUCUACCAUGUCUUGAAUGGAUUUCGAAAGUUUGGCUUGUUUGAAGCCAUUCUUCGCCAGAAUCCUCAUACAAUCGAGGCCCGCUCGCUUUUGGGAAACGUAAAAAAUUUCGACGCUGAGAGCGGGGUGUUUGUCCUUGACCACAGCAAGAAGUCGAAAUACUGUUUUGGACAUCAUGUGGGGACGAUUGAAGUCCAUUCUCCAGUGGGGAAAACUGCAACCAUCAUAGGUUUUGGGGCAAUUGGUAAAGAAGUGGGCAAGAGACUCUCCAGUCUAGGUAUGAACAUCAUUUAUAUCAAAAGAAACAAGCUUUCCCCUGAGGAGGAGGCUCAAUUGGGCUACAAAGUGCGCUACGCAGCCAGGAUUCAUGAUGUGGCAGCCGAAUCAGAUUGUAUAGUUCUUUGUCUUCCUGCGACUCCACAGUCGAUCAACAUGAUCAACAAGGGUGUUAUUCAGCUGAUGAAAAAAGGUGUUAUUCUUGUUAAUGUUGGUCGUGGGUCCCUCAUCAAUGACGAAGAUAUGAUACAAGGAUUGAAGGAUGGGCAUAUAGGAUUUGUGGGUUUGGACGUGUUCCCUGAAGAGCCGCUGGUUCACCAUUGUCAGAGACAAGAUAUGUCUUUGACUCCUCAUGUGGGAUCGGCAACCAGUGAAAAUUUCGAUCAGACAGCCAUUUUCUGCUUGAAAAACAUAACACAGUACCUGCUCCACGGUAAAAUAGAAAAUCUGCAAAACUAAGGAUCUAGAAAUCUUAAAAAUCUAAAAAUCUUAAGUUUAAUAGUAAAUAAAUAUUAUGAGUAGUCCUCAAGAGACUACAGAUCGCUGCGAGUGAGAGUGGAGACAUCCAGUGGCUCACCGACUAGAACUUUUGGCCCUGAAAAUGGUUCACAGGAUUCCCUUUUGGUUGUUCCAACAGGAACGUCUUUUCCGGACUUUAAUGCCUCCAGGAUCUCCACAGCGGACUCGGCAGUCAAGUCCUCAUAGUAGUCAUCAUUGAUCUGCAUCAUCGGAGCAUUGACGCACGCACCCAGACACUCAACCUCCUCGAGACUAAAUAACCCAUCUGGGGUAGUCUGGUUUGGUUGCAAGUUCAAAUGUUUCAUGAUUGCCUCAAUGACUGAAUCAGAAUUGCACAGCUGGCAGGGCGUGGUUGUGCAAAUCUGUAUAUGAUACUUUCCAACAGGCUCUCUAUGGUACAUAGUGUAAAAGGAGGCAACUUCGUACACUCUCAUAGCCGGCAUGUCGAGAAGUUCGGCUACGUGGUUCAUAACAGCGAUUGAGGUGAACCCCGCCUGUCUUUGUCCUAGAUCAAGUAAAGGCAUGACUGCAGACUUCUUGUACUGCGGCGGAUAUCUCUUCACAAUCUCCAUAGCGAGCUCUUUGUUCUCGGGAGUGAACUCAAAUUUCAUCUUUUGGUUGUUGCGCUGAUUAUCCCGAUGAACUGCAACAAUGUGAAGUCCGCGGCCUAUAAAGGGGCGCUUUGAAAUGCUUAGACGCG